CUUGGCCGCGUACGACAAGUUCAGGCACGUCAGCGCCAUCUAGUGACAGGCUACAAUCUCUGCCAAUAGCGGACCUUCCCUGGUGUAUGGGACCAGAGCACAUAUUUGUUACAGGCCUACUAGCUUUCGGCUCAUUUACUAGUAGUUCAGCUGUCGUUCGACAUAGUCGCAUUUUUUUAAAGCGGCACCCGCGGAACAAUUUUUCGCCGGCAAGUUUUUUGUUUUGCGAGUGUCCGUCGAACUCGGUGUCUUUUUGUGCUUUUUCGUAAUUUUUCCCUUUGACAAAAAAUGACCUGUUUUAGAGUUCUUUAACUUAGACAAGUCGGACAGAGAUCCAUUUCCCAGGGUUUUUUUUUAUCAAUCAAACGUCCCGCGUUGCUGGGAUACGCAAAGUUACCCGUUCAUUUUUGUUUGAUUUUCGUUCCUCGUUGGCCUCGUCAUUACGGACGCACGCAUUCAUAAUAUUUACAAAAUCCAUAUCUGUCGGUCUCUGCGUGUAGCCAGAACACUUGUGACCGGUACGGUUGCCUCGAUAACCUUUCACUCCCCCCUUCAACUUCCGUUCGAGUGUUGUGGCGCAACAACCUGUAUCCCUGUGUCUCUUUACGCGGAUUUGCAUUUGUAACUUGAAUGAGGCCAUCAAUCAGCGGCACCGGUGGUCCGAGUCGUCGCUGUAGGUGUCCACGGGCAUCGCAAGCUGGGUCAAUUUGAAUCGCCCAGUUGAUGGCCAGCCAGCAGUCGCAACGUUGGGGCUACGUUCAGCAGCCAACCGAUUACCAACAACAACAACCUGGCCGGCCAGAUAACAAUCCCUCGUCGUCUACUUUAGAACGACUUGCCUCAUCUAUUCCGUCUUUCACAGCCGUCGUCUCAACGGUGGCCCAUGACAUGUUGCCCUUGUCUUCGUCAUCUUCUUCUUGCUCGUCGUCAUCAUCAGUCAGCGAUACAGACGCGUCCGUGAUGGAAGCCAUGAAAGUCGACCCUUUGGAUCUCACCUGUAACAGUCAGAGUAUCAGCAGAAGUAGCCCUACUAGCGGAGGGGCCACAAGUCACCGCAGCAGGACCGACUCUGCACCGGCCGUCUUAGAUUAUGAUGAUCAGUCAUCUUCCGGUAUGCAAGCGCCGGGUUCCAUCACCAGUGGCUGCAACAACCGGUCUGUGUUGUUCGGCCUCGAUGACUGCGAGCAUACGGAUCAUCAACAACAACAGCGUCCAAAUCAUCGGUUGAUGGGUACCACCGCAGUGGUUGCUGGAACAGCGAUGCAACAAGCAUCAGCAGUCAGCGUUGCAACACCUGCUACUACCGGUGUGGUUGCGCCUCCGGCUCCAGCAGCAGCGGUAACAGGUGGAGAAGAAGCUCAUCGAUGUGACAUGUGUGGGAAAACGUUCGCCGUUCCGGCCCGACUGACACGUCACUAUCGAACGCAUACAGGUGAACGGCCGUUUGUUUGUGAAGUGUGUGGCAAGUCGUUUUCGGUUAAAGAAAAUUUAAGCGUCCAUCGAAGGAUCCACACGAAGGAGAAGCCGUACAGGUGUCCCCACUGCGGUCGUGGAUUUGAACACAGCGGUAAAUUGCACAGGCACAUGAGGAUCCACACGGGGGAGCGUCCCCAUCAGUGCACGGAUUGCGGGAAGACGUUUAUCCAAUCAGGACAGCUCGUGAUUCACAUGCGUUCUCAUACAGGUGAAAAACCAUACGUGUGCACUGUUUGUAGCAAAGGAUUCACCUGUUCCAAACAACUCAAAGUCCAUUCACGAACCCAUACAGGUGAACGACCGUAUGCAUGCGACGUUUGCGGGAAAACGUUCGCGUACAAUCACGUUCUCAAAUUGCACCAAAUGGCUCACCUGGGCGAGCGGCUCUACAAGUGCACCAUCUGUUCGGAGACGUACAGCUCCAAAAAGACACUCGAGGCUCAUAUAAAAAUGCACGGAGUCUCACCCACCCGGCAAUCGCCCGUCCCUUCAACUUCAUCUGUCCCCGUUGCCGUGCCGAUCAGCAAUUCCAUCAGUCAGCAACACGUCCGGCCUGGUGGAAUGGCAACUGCGAACGAUCACCACCAUCUGGGCAGGCGUUUACAAGGCCGUCACAGCGCUGGCAUUUUUAUUGAUAACAAUCAGACCAAUAGAAACAGCCGAUUAGGCGCCCGUCUUGGAGAAAAUGCAACGGAGCGGAUAUCGAAUCACCAGAAGCCCUCUUUAUCGCCUUCGUCUGCUGAGAGCAACGGCAGUAGUCCGUCCGAUAUGGACGCAAUGAGCGGCCCUUCCUCGAGCACAAGCACCAAUAAUAACAAUCUGUUGCUAAUGGAGGCUCAACGUCAUUUCCCCAUUCAACAACAUCCGGCCGGCCUGUCGUGGAACGUGUUGAAUAACAUGGCUCUGUCGCGUGCUGCUUCCAUCGGCCAACACUUAGCACAGUCUCGCGAAUACGAAGAUCCUCAGCAGCAAGUACAGCAACAGCCAAUGUCCAACAGUCAUCAACAGGAUCGAAGUCAUUUCGCUUAUCCUCAACUGUUGAACGCCACCAGGUCCGGCGGAUUGGCUGUUCAAGUCGAUUCCAAACGCCUUGCGCAUCAUUUGCAACAACAGCAAUCGUUCAAAAAUCAGCCAAUCGUCGGUAACAAUCAUCCGAGCGGUUCGGUGGAUUACUCUCCAAUGACAUAUCUACGUCCGAUGCCUCCUCUCAUUCCCGUCACGGCAGCUGGACCUCUAUUGGCAGCUUCACCAACUUCGCUUCGAACCCUGGAACGUCAUCAUUCGGUGACGGGCCAUUCUUCUGCUGCCGAUUCAUCGGCCGCUGUUCCGCCAGCGCUCCGGCCGUUGGACGGAUCGGCUACGACUCACGGACCACCACGCAAGAGCUCGCGAUUCCGCGGAGGUGAAGGUAGCGGAUCGGCGGGCGACGGCGGAUGUAAUAGCGAAUCAUCGGAUUCGCCUCCGUCAUCCGCUUCGUCUUCACCUUCGCUGAUGUUGACGGACGUUGCAGCCUCUGACAGCCAAUCGGCUCAUCCGCUUCCGGAUGGAUUGCGCUCUACCUCAGUCAUUCGGUUUGCCCACCGGCCCAGCUCCAGCUCGUCGCCUCCAUCAUCAAAGUAAUUAGAGUUAAGUUUUUUUUGUUUUUUUUUUAACUGCCCGGCCUUUUUACAUACAGUCUAUUGGAAAGCGCUGAUUGUAACGGGAUGGAACGCAAGCGUCACACUUUAUGCAAAUGCUUUUUUGCCUGUGUGUUAUAUGCGCGCCCAUUUUUUUAACGUUCAAUCGCCAGCCUUCCAAUGGGACCUGCCUCAUAUGUUAAACGUACUAUACAUAAGAUAAAAUAAGCUCCUCUUCCCUAUCUGGUUUCGAUCUUCCCAGUUCGUAAUCAGGGACCGAAUUGGUGGACAAAUGAUCGGCGUAUGUGCUCAAACUACAAAAA